ACGACGCGCAAAUACCGUCAUCGAGCCACGAUUAGUACAGCGCAGUGUGCCUCCAGUUGGACCCGUCCUACAGAAGCUGCAAUCCACUCUUAGCUGCUGCGUGAUCUCGGCACCAAAUCAUGCCACUUUCCACCAAGCUUGAUCGCAAGCUGCGCGCCGUAGAAGAAAGCUCAGAUGGCGAAGAAUACUACGAAGUCACAGACCGAUCCUCCUCCGAGUCUUUCAUCGAGACUGGUGAGGGUGGGGAAGUCAUGAGCUCAGACAACGAGGCAGCUGAGGGAUCCGAAGAUGAGGAAAUGUCAGACGCAUCUGACGACCACAAGGUGCAAGCGCAGAUGAGCAAGGUCUCAUUUGGAGCUCUAGCCAAAGCCCAGGACGCACUCUCGAAAGACCCAUCUGCGAACCGAAAGCGAAAGCGCGGCGACGAGUCUUCAAAGUCGCAGGAGGACAAGUUGGAGGCUUUGAGGGAAAGACUGAGGCAGAUCAAGGCCGAGAAGCUCGCAAACGGAGCCCAGCCCAGCAAGAAGGCGAAGUCUUCCAAAAAGAACAAGGUCAUCCAAGACGAAGAUAGCGAGGAAGAAAAGCAAGAGGAUAGCAACGACGGCUCGGAUUCAGACGAGGCUCCAAAAGCGCGAUCCAGCAAGCAUGCGCCCGCCGUGCAAUCGAGCAAGCGAAUGGUCUCGCGCAAACGCAAAGUUGUGGAUGUCAAGAAGCCAGUGUUUCGAGAUCCACGCUUCGAGAAUGUAUCUGGACCCCGACCUGAUGAGCAUACAGUCGACAAGCGCUAUUCCUUCCUAAACGACUACCGAGUCUCGGAGAUUGCAGACUUGCGGUCUACUAUUAAGAAGACGAAGAAUGAGGCCGAGAAAGAGAAGCUAAAGAAGAAGUUACUCUCGAUGGAGUCCCAGGAACACACUCGGAAACGGAAAGAGGAGCAACAGAACGUGGUUCGCGAUCACAAGAAGAAGGAAAAAGAGCUCAUCAAGGAGGGCAAGCAGCCUUUCUACUUGAAGAAGUCCGAGCAAAAGAAGAUCGCACUGGUCGACCGCUUCCAGAACAUGAAGUCAAAACAGCGCGACCAUGUCAUAGAACGCCGUCGCAAGAAGGUCACUGCAAAGGAACGGAAGAACAUGCCCGACGAGCGGCGUACCGCAUGAGGGCGAAAGGAAGUGCAGAAAUUAAUCUAACUUUGAUGAAGCAACAUGGUCGUUGCAGCAGCGUAGAUACCCAUCAGAAAGACCAGACAGCGAGAAUCUUCAGUCUACAGUCAUCACUGCUACACAGAAUAUUUCCAUUGUCCUGUCUGUCGAUUUGCUUUUUCCAUGCAGGGCUUGUCCAGCCUCCGCGUGCCGAACUUUCCGUAAUUCUAGC